AUGAAGUCUCUACAGGAGGAACCAGUGGAGGGUUUCAAGAUCACUUUAGUGGAUGAAGCUGAUCUCUACAACUGGGAAGUGGCGAUUUUUGGACCCCCAAACACUCACUAUGAAGGGGGCUAUUUCAAGUCUCGCAUCAAGUUCCCGAUCGAUUACCCCUAUUCCCCACCCACGUUCAGAUUCCUCACCAAGAUGUGGCACCCCAACAUCUAUGAGAACGGGGACGUGUGCAUCUCCAUUCUGCAUCCUCCAGUAGAUGAUCCACAGAGCGGAGAGCUUCCCUCAGAGAGGUGGAACCCCACACAGAACGUCAGAACUAUACUGUUGAGUGUCAUCUCUCUACUGAACGAACCCAACACGUUUUCUCCAGCCAACGUGGACGCCUCCGUCAUGUACCGCAAAUGGAGAGACAGUAAAGGAAAAGACCGGGAAUAUGCAGAAAUCAUUAGAAAACAGGUUCUGGCCACUAAAGCCGAGGCAGAGCGGGACGGAGUGAAAGUUCCCACCACCCUGGCGGAGUAUUGCGUCCGCACGCGCGCCCCUGUACUGGACGAGGGAUCCGACCUGUUAUACGACGAUUACUAUGAUGAUGAGGACUUGGAGGACGAGGAUGGCGAGGACUGUUGCUAUGACGAGGACGACUCCGGAAAUGAGGAGUCAUGACGACAUUCCCAUCUUCAUUCUCGUCUUCAUCAGCAUCACCCCGAAAGUGGAAACGUUAAGGCAUGCGCCCUGCAUUUACACUCACUCAGAUGGCCAUUUUUGUUUCCUUAAUGGACUGAAAUGAGAGAUUACUCUUUUUUUUUUUUGUUUUAGCAUUUAUGUUGAUUUCCCUCUGUGUCAUAAUUGUGCAGGCCUUCAGGCUUUUCUCAAAUCUGCUGUUUUAUCAUUUCUUUGCUUUGUGCUUUCAGAUAGCUCUGUGACAGUUACUUCAAAAAGGACAAAAAAACCCGAGUGUGACUGAAUUAGGGAGUGAUUCUUUGAAUGAGGCUUUGUGCUGAAUAAUGCUGAUUAUGUCACUGAUCUUUUGAUUUUUUUUAGAGAUGAUCACUUUGAUCACCCAUGCUCACUUUUUUGGCCUUCAAGCACAUCUGAGCAGCUCAGCAAUAAAACAUGAGUUUGGGGGCAAGCUUUAAGUUUUUGGUUUUUAUUCCUCCUUCAUUUGAAUAAUAAUUACGUUAAAGGGAUAGUUCACCCAAAAAAUGACAAUUCUGUCAUUUACUCACUCUCAUGUUGUUCCAAACCCGUAUGACUGACUUUCUUCUUUGAAGCAUAAGUUGUUUUGAGAAAUGGAAGUCAGUUGUCACCAAAACUGUUCGGUUACCAACUUUCUUCAUAACUAAACAAAUGAGGUUGAGUAAAUGACAGAAUUUUCAUUUUUGGGUGAACUAUCUCUUUAAGAAACCCUAAGCAAAAAAAAAUUUGAAGGAUGAUAAGUUGAUAUUAAAAUCACUUUGCAAUGUAAAAAUGUAAACAUUGCAAAAAAAAAAAAUGCUGAGGCCUACAUUCUACAUUCUUAGUGUAAUUUUAAAUGAUUGAAAUUAUGUAUUACUUUGUUCCGAGAUAUAGGAGCUUUCCAGAAAAUCAAUCAGGCUUAAUCAGGUAGGUUGGCGAGUGGAUAGGCGAGGUCUUUUCUGUUAAGCUGAGUUUAUUUUAAUAUUUUUUAAGCAAUGCUGAUAUUCCUGUGUUGUCCUAAGUGAAUCUUAUUUAAUCUGUUGUGGGUUUUUUUCCAUCACUGAAGCAUUUGUUGUUUUAUUUGGGAUGUAGGGUGACUUCUGGACUAUUGAACGAUUUUUUUUUUGCGCCGUUUCUUUUGCAUUAUGGCUCCAUGAAUUGACAGCACGCCCUACGUUGUGAUGUCAUGAUCGAAACUUUCAUUUUCCGCAGCCUGGAGGCUGGUGAGCGCUGGUGUCCGUCUCUGAUUUGAAUUUGAUCUCAUACCGACUGACUCUCAGGAUCAGCCAAUCUGGAAAAAGAAAAAACCUACCAACAACAAAAAGUACUUUUUUUCACACCUGCAAGCUAUCCAUCUUUUCCAUAUUGUUUUGAGGACAAUUUACAACCGUAUCAGGCUGAGAUGCACAUAAGGAGCUGAUUUGUCUUUUUAUUGACCUGUAUGUAUUUUUACGGUUUGUUGGCCUAUUUAAAACUGAAUAAAGAUCUUUAUUAGA